GCGGACCGGACUAACUGGAUCCUGUCGGAAGCCGAGGAGAAGGGAGCGCAGCUCGGAAGAGGAGUCCGCCUUUUGCGGGCCGAGUCGCGAGUGGAGCCGAACGACCUGCCUGGUUUCCCGCGGUCAUGUAAACAGGAGAACGGCAGGGCGAACGGAGUUUGAGCGCCUCUUCUCACUCACUAAGGCGCUCCGACGGCGGGAGUCGCGAGCGCGCUCAGUCACAGAGUGUGCGGAAGAAGCUUCUCAGCCCCGUUCUACUCCACUCCCUCGAACUUAACUUAGUUAACGCUAGUAGUUAGUUGGUUAGUUAGCGGGCGCUAACUAGCGCUGUAGCGCAGCUGUUCCAUCAGCGGAGACUUAAACUUGAGGGAAACUGAGAUAAUCAGAGCUUAGAGGACCGAAUCAGUGAUCACAGAAGUUCGCAGCACGCACACACUGAGAGAGAGAGAGAGAGAGAGAGCGGGGUGUGUGCCUGUCCACAGUGUCUGUGUGUCCACACACAUGGGGAGGACCAACUCAGGCCGGCAGCUGUCAUGUGAACGCGCAGUACUAAUGGUCCGUGUGUUCACCAGUGGCCAGGCUGCGAAAGCUCGAGCGGACGCGGCUAGUUAGGAUUGCCUUAACUAGUACUAGUUGUGCGCGCUUGAUUGGCAUCGGCAUUCGCAGCCAGUGGACGGACGGAGGGACACGGAAGGGCUGCGCGCGCUCCCGCUGGGGGCGACAGCAACAUGUUCCCGAUGAGACCCCUGAAACCAACCUUCAAGUCGUACCUUCCGCCUCUGCAGACGGAGGUGAAGAAAACUGUCCAGCCUCCGAUUAAGAAGUUAGAAGCCAAGUUACUACCAGGUGAGAUUGUGGUGAACGAGGUGAACUUUGUAAGGAAGUGCAUCGCUGUGGACAGCAGCCGAGAGGACCUAUGGGGGAAGCUGAUCUGCACCAACUUCAAGGUUUCCUUCAUCACCCACGACACUCUGCAACUUCAGAAGUUCCAGUACACAAACCGACUGCUGGGUGAACAUGACAUUCCCCUGGCAUGUGUGGAGCAGGUGGUGACAGUGAAUGAUGCGAAGGGCAAACAGAAGGUGCUGGGCUCAAACCAGAAGCUCAAAUUCAACCCGACGGAGCUCAUUAUCUACUGCAAGGACUUCCGCAUUGUGAGAUUUCGCUUUGACGAGGCUGGGCCCGAGAGUGCCAAGAAGGUGUGUCUAGCUGUAGCCCAUUACUCUCAUCCUGCUGAUCCCCAGCUGCUGUUCGGGUUUGAGUUCGCUUGGAAACGACACCACAGCUCCACAGGUGCCCGACUCAAUGGUGUAGACAUUGAGGGUGGCCCUCAGGUGCCUCUGUUUGACCGUCCCUCUGACUGGGACCGAGAGAUCAAACGCACUGGUGCAUCGGAGUGGAGGGUGUGUUCCAUCAAUGAGGGCUACGCCAUCUCUCCCAGUCUUCCGGAGUACUUUGUUGUGCCUGUUUCGCUGGCGGAUCAGGACCUGAAGCAGUACUCUGGGUUUUUUGCAGGCCAGCGCCUCCCGCUGUGGUGCUGGAACCAUCCCAAUGGCAGUGCCUUGGUGCGAAUGGCUAGCAUCAAGGACCCUGUGCAGCAGAGGAAGCUGGACCAGAGAAUCUGCACUGCCAUCACCAAGAGCCACCCUAAACGCAGUGAUGUCCUGAAGUCUGACUUGGACAAGAGCCUUCCAAACAUCCAGGACAUACAAACCGCCUUUGUCCGACUCCGGCAGAUCUGUGUCAUUGAGCCAUUUGAAGAGUCUGAAGAGAGGUGGCUGUCGUCCAUGGAAGGCUCAAGAUGGCUGGAGUAUGUUAGGGCCUUUCUGAAACACGCUGCAGAAGUGGUGUACAUGCUGGAGGGACAGCAUGCAUCUGUCAUUCUGCAAGAGGAUGAGGACCGUGACUUGAGUUGUGUGAUCUCUUCCCUGGUACUGAUCAUGCUGGACCCACACUAUCGCAGCCUAGUGGGCUUCCAGGGCCUGGUGCAGAGGGAAUGGGUGAUGGCCGGGCAUCGCUUCCUCGACAGGUGCAACCACCUGAAGAAGAACGACAAAGAGGAAUCUCCCCUGUUCCUGCUCCUCCUGGACUGUGUGUGGCAGUUGCUGAAUCAGUACCCCACUGCUUUCGAGUUCACAGAGACUUACUUGACUGUACUGAGCGACAGCAUGUGGAUCCCCAUCUUCAGCACCUUCCUCUUCAACUGCCCGCGGCAGCGUGCUGAGCACUGCAGGGAGUUUGUGCAAAGUAAGAACUCUGUGAGGGAGUUCAAUAUGCUGCGCUUCCCCUGUGUGUGGGACUGGGACCAGCAGUUCUCCCGGAAGGAUCAGGCCCUUUUUAACAGCCCACUCUAUGUGGGUAAGGGCACCUCUUGCAUUCACAACGGCACAGUGAAGACCUUUCGGCGCACAAAGAAGACCUACAGCUCCACACUGCGUGGCCUGCCCUCCCUGCCCAAUGGGAUGCUGAUGGAGGUGGAGACUCUCCCACGGCGCAACUCCCUGGCUCAGCGGCUCAGACCUGACUUCUCAGUGGCACGCGAGGCACCAGAGAGCCCGUCUGAGCGAUUCUUCCGCGAAUGGCUCACCCGGCCCGCGGAUCCACAUGGGCUGCUGCUGCCCCAAUUGCUACCCUCGCAUUUGCGGCUGUGGAAGCUCUACUUCUUGCGCUGGGUGCCCGAGACCCAAAUCCCGCGUGGCGGACCCAUAACAGCCUUCCACAGGUUGUCACUGCUGGCAGACGAGAUUGAGGCACUGCAGGCCCAGCUGAGGCGCUGUGGCAGUGCCAGCACCAGUACCUCUACGGUCUCCACCCCCAACAUCUCACAUUCAGAAAGCAGUAGGAUGUACUUCAAAGCCCGUUCCCCGGACGACCUUUCUUCACCCCCUGAGUACCUCACUUCCUCUUUCCCCUUCUCCCCUGUGGGCAACCUUUGCCGCCGUAAUAUCCUGGGAACCCCAUUCAGCAAAUUCCUCAGCGGAGCCAAGAUCUGGCUCUCCACUGAAACCCUGGCCAGUGAGACGCUCUGAGACAGACUCAACACAGUUCCACCCAGUGAUGGGAGAGAACAGGGCGGGACGCGGUCCGAGAGCUGGAAGUGAUAAAGACCUGUUCAUGUUUCCUGCUUUUGCAUAGCAUUGGUUCAUGUUUCUCCAGCUGCACACUUAGUCCAUUACAAUUUCUUUCUUUUCUGGCUACCAGAGCUCAGCUCUUCAUGUAGCAAGUUAAUUCUUUUUUAUUUUUCACUGGAAGAACAAAUGAAGAUAAUUUUUGUGAGGACUCUUCCUGUGGUAGUUUCACACAUCCUAAUCUGUUGUUCUGAACAUACAGGUUAGGGUACCUUUACACCUUCUGGUAAGGUGGCAUUAAAAUGAACAACAGUUAACCACUUUGUUGACGAGUCAGUGAUAUAUUGAUUUAAUCACUGUUCUGUUGCUUCAAGCGUGGUAAGCUCAAGCAUAUUUAACCGUCAGUGAUAUAUCAUAGUGGACACAACAAGAUGUUUAGCUCCCUAGUUGUGGGGACUUCGGGUAGGGAUAUAUGGGGAGGAGGCUCUCUACGGACAGUACAAGAACCUGUCCCUGUGGGGUUGCUCUGUGCUGCUGUCUCGUAAUUCAGCUGGCUGGUUUGGUAUGGUGGCAGAGCUGGCGACCCAGUUAGGGGUCAGAUAUGGCAUGAAGUCUGCGUGGAAAAUAUUGGGGUUCGAAAUCAUAUGCAUUAUAGGUAUAAUGAUCACCUGUCAUGUGAAGACAUUUUCCAGUCUGUCAACAGGGUGAAAGCCUUCAGUACAUAUCACAUUCACUGUUUCAUUACCCACUUUAAAUUUCAGUAGAUUAGACUCCUUAAGACACCAAAUAUUUAAAGAGUAUGUAUGAGUGUAUGUAUGUAAUAUGAACUGUAAUGGAAAUUUUGCUUGGAAAUUUAUUUGGCUAACAAAUGUACAGAAUUUAUUUGAAUUUAAAGAGUUAUUUUGCUUAGUUUAAUGUUUGGUACAUUCUGUUAAUUGAUAUUUUAAAUUAUAGCAAGGGCUGUGCUGUGAUUUAAGGUGACCUGUGCUAACCGACCACUAAUAGUUCACUGGGUAUCGACGCUGCUGUUAAGUAUGACAACUGCUCUUUCCAGUGGACGCACUUUGACACAGGAACAGAGCACUGAUAUUUAUUCAGUUAUGCAAAAUGGGUCAAAUGGGAACAUUGGAAAGCCACUGUGCCUUUAAAGGGGAAUUUUGGGCUUGCAUUUCACCCUUUAUUUGAAUAACGGACUUUCCUUUAAGAUGCAUUUCUCUGGGCAUGCUGCGUAAAAGUCAAGGUAUUCCGGAAUGUACCAAAAGGUCCCUGAUUCCAGUGCUGCUGCUACCAGAAGCCAUAUUGGUGCAGGUGUUUUGGAUCUCCUCUAAUACAAAAAA